AUGGUUAAUUCAGGUUCAUCAGGCAAUAUAUUGGCAUUACUCAUUGCAGGUCUAAAAGCAGGUGAUGAAAUUGUUACACCUGCAUGCACAUUUUCUACAACUGUUGCUCCCAUUGUUCAACUUGGCAUUGUACCUGUAUUCUGUGAUGUCGAACGUGGUUCGUAUGUACCUACUGUCGCACAAGUUAUUGAAAAAGUUAGUUUACGGACAAAAGCCUUCUUUCUUCCGAAUCUGAUCGGUAGCAAACCUGAUUGGCAAGGAUUGAAAGACGAAUUAUUUAUGUUAGGUCGUCGAGAUAUUUUACUGAUUGAAGAUUCUUGCGAUACAAUCACGACAACGACGAUAACAGAUAUAUCUGUUACAUCAUUUUACUCUAGCCAUAUAAUUACAGCAGGUGGUGGUGGUGGAAUGGUUAUGUGUAAUGAAAAGAGUCAACGUGAUCUUGCUUUACAAUAUCGUGAUUGGGGACGAAUGGGUACCAACACUGAAUCAUUCUCCGAACGUUUUGGACAUUCUGUUGACGACAUUGAAUACGACUUCAAGUUCUUAUAUCCUGUUCUUGGUUAUAAUUUGAAAUCGACUGAAAUGAAUGCUGCAUUUGGUCUGGAACAGUUAAAAAAGUUAUCAUUAUUUCUUAAGAUACGUCGUCAAAAUAUAAAUCGUUUUGUGGAACAACUCAAAGAACUUGAAUCUCAUGGCCUUGUACUCCCAAAAAAUCACGAUAAAGUAGAUUGGCUUGCAUUACCACUGAUGUUACCUAAUCGCAAGGCACUUCUUCAAAAACUUGAAGAAAACAAUAUUCAAACACGAGUGUGUUUUGCAGGUAACAUCACUCGACAUCCUGCAUACCGACAGUUCAAUGAAGCCUUUUCGAAUGCUGACGAGAUAAUGAAAAAUGGCUUCUUGAUCGGUGCUCAUCAUGGUAUGAAUCAAGAAGAUGUUGAUUAUGUGUGUGAAAUAAUCAAAAUUCAUGUUUAUUCGAGCCAAUCGUCUAGCCAUAUUAAUACAUAA